AUGAGGGAAAUUGUGCAUUUACAAGCUGGACAGUGCGGCAACCAAAUAGGUUCAAAGUUCUGGGAAAUAAUAUCUGAUGAGCAUGGCAUUGACCCCACGGGGAGAUAUCAUGGAGACAGCGACCUGCAGCUGGAGAGGAUCCAGGUGUAUUACAAUGAAGCGGAUAAUGGCAGUCGCUACGUCCCUCGGGCAGUAUUGGUAGACCUGGAGCCUGGAACCAUGGACGCUAUAAGGUCAUCCGGCUAUGGGGCACUGUUCAGACCAGACAACUUCGUGUUUGGACAAAGUGGAGCAGGCAACAACUGGGCCAAGGGGCAUUACACAGAGGGUGCUGAACUGGUGGAAUCAGUGAUGGACGUCGUCAGGAAGGAGGCUGAGGGCUGCGACUGUCUACAGGGUUUCCAGCUCACCCAUUCCCUUGGGGGCGGUACUGGGUCUGGACUCGGAACUCUAUUACUUAGCAAACUGCGGGAGGAGUAUCCUGACAGAAUCGUUAACACGUUCAGCGUAAUGCCAUCACCAAAGGUAUCAGACACAGUAGUGGAGCCAUAUAACGCUACGUUAUCCGUACAUCAAUUAGUAGAAAAUACAGACGAGACGUUUUGUAUUGACAACGAGGCUUUAUAUGAUAUAUGCUUCAGAACUCUAAGGCUGUCUUCGCCGACGUAUGGUGAUCUUAACCAUUUGGUUUCCCUUACAAUGUCUGGAGUGACCACCUGUCUCCGAUUCCCCGGACAGCUAAAUGCUGAUUUGCGGAAGCUUGCUGUCAAUAUGGUGCCGUUUCCUAGACUGCAUUUCUUUAUGCCUGGCUUCGCUCCAUUGACAGCUCGUAACAGCCAGGGCUAUCGCGCUCUUACCGUCCCCGAGCUCACGCAACAGAUGUUUAGUCCCGUGAACAUGAUGGCGGCAUGUGAUCCUCGUCACGGUAGGUACUUGACGGUGGCUGCCAUCUUCCGAGGACGGAUGUCCAUGAAGGAAGUGGAUGAACAGAUGCUGUCUAUUCAGGAUAAGAACUCGGGUUAUUUCGUCGAAUGGAUUCCUAAUAAUGUAAAAGUAGCAGUCUGUGACGUACCACCCCGGGGACUCAAAAUGGCGGCCACUUUCGUCGGUAACACCACCGCCAUACAGGAGAUAUUUAAACGAAUCUCUGAACAGUUCACUGUUAUGUUCAGACGCAAGGCAUUCCUCCAUUGGUACACGGGAGAGGGAAUGGAUGAAAUGGAGUUCACAGAAGCCGAAAGUAAUAUGAACGACCUCAUAUCUGAAUACCAGCAAUAUGAGGAGGUAGGAGUUGACGACGAAUUCGACGAACAAGAAGAGACGCAACCGGAGGAGGAAUAUGCUGAAGAAGAAUAA